GUUGCCAUGGCAGCAGGUACCAAUGGUCGGCCUCCUCCCCUGCCGGAGGGACGCCGUCCUCCGCCCGCUGCCUUCGCUUCGGCCACUCUCCCCUCUCCAACUAACUCUGCUCCCAGCGAGCCGCGGGGCAAGUCCUUUUCCAGCGCCUCUCCCCCGAGGGGGAAUCAAUCAGCUCUCCCUACCAGACACCACCAGGACCAGAGAGAUGGAAGCUGGUCCAAGGAAAUCAGACAGCAGUAAUGCUGCCGAAGAGAACAGGAAGGAGUCUGACUCCAAAGGAAGACGGGGAAAGAAAAGAAGGAGAUAUGAAUGGACAGUGACUGAAGUGGGGGAUACUCGGAUUAAGAUGAAGAGGAGAAGAGUGGCUUCCUUCUGCUUCAAAGACCUUGCAGUCUUCUCUCAACUUCUGGAGGAUCCAGUCGUUCAAGAAUUCCUCAAGACUGAUGUGAAAUCCUAUGCCAACAAUGAGACUCUCUUGAAUAUGCUGGUAGAAUACUUUGACCGCCUGGGAUUCCCUCAGCAGUCUUACAGCAUGGUUCAUUUCUUACUGGCACUGUAUGGUGCCUGUCAGCUGGACACGGGGGACCCAUCCUACAGAUGGUACAUCCUUCCUGCUCUUUUGGGAACUAAUUGGUGCCAAGAAGGUGUCAAGAAAUUCUGGCCGUUGCAGAUGGAAUUUCUUAAGGCCAUUGAUUGGGAAGGUUGGAUGAGCCAGGAGCUCAGUGAAGAGGUCAGUGAUGAGGACAGGACAAACUCUGUCCUGCCAAAGGUUGAAUAAAGAGAUGACAACAGGCCAUCCAGAAGCUCCCUGUUCAGAAAGUCUGCACUCAUACAAGACCAAGGGACUUACACUGUCUAAAAAGUAAUUUUCAUUGAUCCAUGUGAGCUUGAGCAUGUUGCCAGCCCAUAAAGAUGUUUCAUCUUUGAAUCAAUAAACA